GCAGUUUCACCACAGUUUCAGUAGGUAUUACUGGAUUCAAUGGUUUAUUGCCUCUUCCAGCCAUGAAUAUUUUACAUGUUACCUGUAUUUUAAUAUUCUGUGGAAGAAGUUGGAGUCAAGAGCAAACGUAUGUCAUUGCAGCCCCAAAGGUAUUCCGGGUUGGAGCUUCUGAAAAAGUAGUAAUUCAAGCUUUUGGGUACACUGAAGGGUUUGAUGCUACCAUUUCUCUCAAAAGCUAUCCUGAUAAAAGAACUAGUUACUCUUCUGGCAAUGUGAACUUAUCUCCAGGAAAUCAAUUCCAAGAUUCUGCAACCUUAACAAUACAACCAAAAGAUCUAUCUGAAGAAAGAGAUCACGUUUCAUAUAUAUAUUUAGAAGUUGUAUCUCACCAUUUCACAAAAGAGAAAAGAAUACCAAUAAGUUAUGAAAAUGGAUUUCUCUUCAUUCAAACAGACAAAUUUAUCUACACUCCUAACCAGUCUGUAAAGGUUAGACUUUAUUCUUUGAAUGAAGAACUGAAACCAGCCCUAAGAAACACUACUUUAACUUUUGUGGAUCCAGAUGGAGCAGAAGUUGAAAUUUUGGAAGAGACAGAUUUUACUGGAAUUGUCUCCUUUCCUGACUUCAAGAUUCCUCUCAAUCCUAAAUAUGGUGUGUGGACAAUUAAAGCCAAAUACAAAACGGACUUCACAACAACAGCCACUAAAACAUUUGAGAUUAAAGAAUAUGUGAUGCCACACUUCUCCAUCUCCAUAGAGCCAGAAAAUACCUUCAUUAGUUAUAAGGAAUUUGAGGAGUUCAAGAUUACUAUUAAAGCUAGCUAUUUUUAUAACAAGAAGGUCGCUGAGGCCGAAGUUUUCGUCCAUUUUGGGAUAAUAGAAGAUAUUGAACAAAGUGAGAAAAAAAUGAUGCGUAAAGCAUUGCAGGAGACAUUGAUGACAAACGGAGUUGCGCAGGUCACUUUAAAUAGUAAAACAGCACUUCAAGAACUAGAGAUACGAAGUUUGGAAGAGGUAGACAAAGCAUACCUUUAUAUUGCUGUAAUGGUACUGGAGUCUUCAGGUGGAUUUUCUGAAGAAGCAGAAUUUGUUGGUGUCAGAUAUGUCCUGUCUCCCUACAAUUUGAAUUUGGUUGCUACUUCUCUCUUCCUGAAGCCUGGGAUGACAUUUCCCAUUAAGGUGCAGGUGAAAGAUUCACAGGACCAUCAUGUAGGAGGUGUUCUGGUAAACCUGAAAGCACAUAUAAUUGACAAGAAUCAAGAGGAGUCGCCUCAGGAGCCAAUGAAAAGUAUAACAAAUCAAAAUGAUGGAGUGGCUUCCUUUGUGGUUAAUCUUCCAUCUGAUGCAGAGACAUUAGAGUUUUCCGUAAAAACCGAGGAUCCACAUAUUCCAGAAGAAAAUCAAGCUUUGAAAGAAUACAGAGCAGUAGCUUACUCUUCUCUCAGUCAGAGUUACUGUUAUAUUGACUGGCCAGACAGCAACAAAGUUUUGCUUGUGAAUGAUCACAUAAGCAUUACAGUACGGCCCAGAAGUCCUUAUAUUGACAAAAUAACACAUUACAGUUACUUGGUUUUAUCCAAGGGUAAAAUAGUGCAGUUUGGGAUUGUAAGGAAGCAUAAGGAUUCUUCCUUUCAAAGUCUCAAUAUCCCAGUAACCCAGGACAUGGUUCCUUCAGCCCGUCUUCUUGUCUACUAUAUUGUCACAGGCGAAGAGAAGGCAGAAUUAGUAGCCGAUUCAGUCUGGCUAAAUGUGGAGGAAAAGUGCGGAAACAAGCUUGAGGUUUAUCUCUCAAACCCUGAAAGUUCCUAUAAACCAGGCCAAGUCCUCUACCUUAAUAUGAACACUCAGUUCAGUUCUUACGCUGCUUUAUCUAUAAUGGACAAGGCUAUAUAUGGAAUCCAAAGAAAAAUCAAGAAGCCUAUGGAAAAAUUACUGCGAAAUUUAGAAAAAAGUGACCUGGGAUGUGGAGCAGGAGGAGGCCAGAACAAUGCUAACGUGUUCCAUUUAGCAGGACUAACAUUUCUCACCAAUGCUAAUGCUGACGACUCUGCAGAAGAAGAAAAACCUUGUCAGGAAGUUCUCAGACCAAAACGAUGUCUUCACCUUAAAGAAAAAAUAGAUGAAAAAGCUUCCACUUAUCAAAAAAGUCUUUACAAGUGUUGUGAACAAGGAGCACAUAAAACUGCUGAUAGUUGCAGUGUUAGAGCAUCAAGAGUUACUUCUAAGCUUGGUGUGAAGUGUGGACGAGUCUUCAAAGAAUGCUGUGAGUUGGCAACCGAAGUGCGAGCAAACUGUACUCACAAACACAUGUUGCUGGGGAGAAUAGGUUUUGAGACUCUGUUGGCGAUAGACACACCUGAAAUUCGAAGCUAUUUUCCUGAGAGUUGGUUAUGGGAAGUCCACCAUGUUAAUACAAGGUCCAAGAUUCCACUGUCUCUACCUGAUUCUCUAACUACCUGGGAAGUACAAGGCAUUGGUAUUUCCAGCAAGGGUGUAUGUGUUCCUGAUCCACUUCAAAUACAGGUGGUGAAAGAUAUUUUCCUGGAAAUGCACAUACCCUACUCGGUAGUGCGAGGGGAACAAAUUGAAAUGAAAGGGACCGUUUAUAAUUACAGAAGUUCCGAACUAAGGUUCUCAGUUCAAAUGUCUGCUGGUGAGGGAAUCUGUCUGUCUGGAAGUUCUUCACAAGACCCCAAAGGGAUAAAGCAUACAAGAAGUCAGUGGAAAACCAUAGAAGGUUCCUCAAUCCAAUCAGUUACAUUCAGCAUAUUACCGCUGGAAUUAGGUCUACAUGGUAUCAACUUUACUUUAAAAUCACCUUUUGGAUCGGAAAUUUUAGUAAAAACUUUACGAGUUGUGCCAGAAGGUGUCAAAAGAGAAACGCAUGUUGGUUUUACUCUGGAUCCACAAGGUGUAUAUGGUUCUAUUGCCUCCCGAAAGGAAUUCCAAUACAAGAUCCCACUAGAUGUAGUUCCCAAAACCAAAGUCAAAAGGACAGUGAGUGUAAAAGGAACUCUUAUAGGUGAGGUGAUUUCUGCAGUUCUGAGUCCUGAAGGCAUCAGCAUCCUAAGUAAUCUUCCUAAGGGUAGUGCUGAAGCAGAGCUUAUGAGUAUUGUUCCAGUAUUCUAUGUCUUUCAUUACCUGGAAUCGGGAAGCAAUUGGUAUAUUCUUGGCUCCAAAGCAGUUUCCGAAAGAGAUACCUUGAAGAAGAAGAUGAGAGAAGGCAUUAUAAGCAUCCUGUCAUACAGAAACAAAGACUAUUCCUACAGAAUGUGGAAGAAUGAGGAAGCCAACACUUGGUUAACAGCUUUUGCCUUAAGGAUACUUGGACAAAUAAAUAAAUAUAUACCUCAGAAUACAAAUCAGAUUUGUAAUUCACUAUUAUGGUUGAUUGAAAACUGUCAGUUGGAAGAUGGAUCUUUCAAGGAACUUUCCACGUACAACCCAUUCAAACUUCAGGGUACCCUGCCUCAAGAAGCCAAAGAAAAAGCCUUAUAUCUCACAGCCUUUUCUGUUAUUGGAAUUAGAAAGUCAUUCCACAUAUGUCCAAUUCUGAAAGUCAAUGAUGCUCUAAAUAGAGCGGAGGAGUAUCUCUUUAACUGCAUCAAAAAUGCCCAGAGCACAUUUACUUUGGCAAUUUCUGCAUAUGCUCUUGCCCUUGGCGAUUUAAACAAUCCAGGUGUACGCUCUGUCUUUUCUCAGCUAAAGAAGGAAGCUUAUGUCAAAGGUGAUCCACCCUUUUAUAGAUUUUGGAAAGACACUCUCCGAAAGAAAGAUUCUUCUAUGCCUAGCAGUGCAACAGAGCAGAUUGUGGAAACUACUUCAUAUGCCUUGCUUGCCAGUUUGCUUUUAGGAGAGAUGAAUUAUGUCAAACCAAUUAUCAAAUGGUUAUCUGAAGAACAAAGAUAUGGUGGUGGAUAUUUUUCCACCCAGGACACGGUUAACGCCUUAGAAGGCCUGACGGAAUAUUCACUCCUUACCAAGCGACUUGAAUUGAACAUGAACAUUAAAGUGGCAUACAAGAACAAAGGUGUCUUCCACAAUUAUAGAGUGACAAAUGAACAUAGCCUAGGGAGAUCUGUGGAGGUGCCUCUGAAUGAUGACCUAGUUGUGAGCACUGGAUUCAGCAGUGGUUUAGCUACAGUACUUGUGAAGACUGUGUUUCACAAAAUUGGUACCUCUGAAGAGGUGUGUAGCUUUGAGUUGAAAAUUGAAGUCAAGGACUCUCAAGAUGAUAGCCAGUCCUUCUACAAAUAUAGUGAAACCAAGAGCAAACGUGUUUUAGCAUGUGCCAGGUACAAACCCAGUCCCAGAGAACCAUAUUCAGAGUCUUCCCAUGCAGUGAUGGACAUAGCUUUGCCCACUGGAAUAGGCGUAUAUACAGAAGAUCUAGCACUACUUACUGAUGGGAUAGAUAAUCUGUUGACUGAUUAUCAAAUAAAAGAUGGACAUGUUAUUCUGCAGCUGGAUUCAAUUCCAUCCGAUGAGUUACUUUGCGUUCGAUUCCGAAUAUUCGAGCUUUUUCAUGUUGGACACCGGAGCCCUGCUACAUUCGCUGUAUAUGAAUACCACACACCAGAUAAGCAGUGCACUGUAUUUUAUGACCCUUUCGGGAAUAGACAACUUGACAAAGUGUGUGAAGGAUCAGCCUGCAAGUGUGUUGAAGCGGAAUGUGGCCAAAUGCAGAAAGAAUUUGAUCUCACCAUCUCUGCUAAUGCCAGAAAAGCAACUGCAUGCCAAAAAGACAUUGCUUAUGUCUACAAAGUCGAAAUUUUGUCCUUGACUAAAGAGAACAGUUUUAUUAAGUACACAGCAACCCUUCUAGAUAUCUACAAGACUGGCACAUCUUUUGCCCAGAAAGACUCUCAAAUCACAUUCCUUAAAAAAGAAAGUUGCACUAAUGUUGAUAUUAAAAAACACAAGCAAUAUUUGAUUAUGGGAAAAGAAGCCCUUCAGAUAAAAUCAGGUUUCAGUUUCAAGUUCAUCUAUCCUUUAGAUUCCUUGACCUGGAUUGAGUACUGGCCUUCAGAUGAAGAUUGUUCACACUGUCAGAAUGUCAGGGCCACUUUGGAAGAAUUUUCUGAUGACCUCUUUUUCAGUGGCUGUGAUGAUAUUUAAAAUUCUAUUUGGAAAAAAAUGCAUUUCCUCAUUCCUUAAACCUGUUUUCUCUGCUUUUUAGUAGUUGUUUCUGCUCUUUUUAACAUUCAUGUUGAGUUUAAGUCAGAAAAUUCCAUUUGCUUAUAUUUACUGGCACCUGUUUUCAGAUGAUAAUGAUUUUAAGGUUUUUAGCUACUGCCUUGAGGGGAAAUGUGGAAGAAUAUGUACAAGUUAUUGGAAACCAGAUAAAAUAAAUUGGAAUGCCACAUAAAAUAAUCAGAGGAAUGCCACAUUAUGCCAAAGUAAUGACCUACUGAAACGCAAUCUCUUCUGAAAACAUACCCUCUCUUUUAAUAGGAAAACAUUAGGAAAAAGAGAACUGAUAAUUAAAACUGUAAUUUGUAUUAAAAAUUA